AUGAUCUUAUCUUAUCCGUCGAUCCUUGAAUCUCAAACACCUUUUAUCCUGAAUCCUAUCCGAGAGAAACCCUUACCUAUAAUGGCUUUUUCUAACAAGGACGACGAUCUAUUCAGACUGGCGAAGGUUGCGGACGAUGGCGACAAUGAUGAGAAUGGUGAGAUGGAUAUUUCUUCACUGGCACACCCAGAGGGUGUCCAAGCCUGUCAGGCACUGCAGGAGUUGUAUUCUACGUGGGCCCAGGUUUGUGUUCUCCCGCGUCAAUUUGACGCGGUCCCUUAUGAGCUUCUAGACCCCAAGAUGCUAGUUCGGCUCGGAAAAAAGAACAUCAGCACCAUUGUCGGCAGCUAUAACUGUUUUCCAUUUUUGUUCCGUGCGUCAAUUAUGAUGAGGUCGAUGGGGGACGUGAUAGAAGGGCUUGAUGGGCAGGACAUCAUCAUCGGCGCCGAGAUUCCUCCUCUCCGAGUGAUGACCGUGGAGGUUCGCUACAAUGCUCGGGAUCAAGAAGCCCAUGACCAGGUUUAUGAAUCUCGGGUGCGACUCCUCCACAGGAGUAAUUCGGACGAUGAUGAUGAUUCGGCGCACAUAAAUCGAGGCGCAGAUCAUGGUCGCCAGCAUAUGGGUAUACUUCGCGAGCUUUGCUUGCUCGGGUUUAGCCCUAGACUGCAUGACUUCCUUCGUAUCCUAGGAUCUGAAAAGACCCUUAGUGACAGGAUUGCGGAGUAUGUGGCCGCUGCGGACCAUGGGUUUACGGCUUUUUGGCUAGCUACAUGUCGGGAUGACGCUAUGGCUCGCCCUAGCGACGCAAUCGCUCAGGUUCACUACCUGGUUGCAAAAUGCCCACGGCCUCGGUUCAUAAUCAUUUCCCAUUGGCCGAUCGUCUGUUGGAUGGUCGAGAUGGUGCUCCGCAGAGUUGGACUUCACUCAGUAGCCAUUACUGCCGCAAAGAGCCCUGUGGAAUGGGCGGCAGCUGCUACAGAGUUUAACGACCCAAGCUCUAGAUGUCAAGUCCUAAACACUACUUACAGCUGUGGCGGGACAGGGCUGAACCUACACGACCGCUGUAAUAUCGUCAUCCUCAUAGAACCCGCCUUCAACUUCAACUCGGAGACUCAUGCAAUCGGCAGAGUCCACCGUCUUGGCCAGACCCAGCCUCAAAAGGCAUACCGGUUGUUUCAGGACCACACUAUCAACCGAUACAUUGUGGGCCGAAACAUUUCCAAGAUGCUUCCUCAGCUUGCUGCCCAAUACCAGGGGGCGUGGACCGAGGGGCUCGAUCAAGCGGUGGCGGAUCAGAUGGUGGAUGAGGAUGAUGAGAUGCGAGCACAGAUUCUGAUGGGAAUUUGCGAAGACCACCUUCAUGAUCUCAUGGGAGUCACAACAGACUUCCCAUAUCAUGUGGACCUUUCGGGAAAGGGAGAGCUGGGGAUUUCAAAGGUUGCCAACGGGGGUGUCUCCAACAGAAAGGGCUUCAUGGACAGGGGCAAAGACCACCCCACUAUUGACACGCCGGAGAGGCCACCUUCUCGCUCUAGGUGCACAGAAAAGGGCAAGUGUCGCUCGCACAGAGCAGAGUCAGGCGCCGAAGAGUCGUCUUGGCCUUAG